GUAUGACGUAUCACUGUAUCGAGUGCACUUUAUUGGCUAUAUUCUGCAUUUUUAGUGAGUAUGAUCCAGAAACAAUUCAAAUGCCUCUCUGGAGAACAACUCGCGUAUACAAUGUGUACAUGGUCAGUUCUAAUUGAUAGGAAUGGAGAUUAUUGUGUAGAUAAAAUGGCAUUGGAUCAUGAGACUUCGUGUGAUCUCGAAAGGUACAUCGGUUUGAAUGUCGGUGGGGAGAUCUACAAGACUUCACGUACUACACUGACAAAGUAUCCGAACAGUUUCUUUUCUCUCCUGCUUGAAGGUAGUAUUCCUUCCACUAAAGACAAUCAAGGGAACUACCUGAUUGACAGAGACGGACAAAUCUUCCGUCACAUCCUCAACUUCUUGCGAUCAGGAGAGCUCCUGACCCUACCCGAAGGGUUCAAGGAUUUUAAAUUGCUUGAGAGUGAGGCCGACUUCUUCUUGCUCGAAGACUUGAAGAAUAUGGUGAACGACAUCAUGCCCGUUGGGCUGUUGUUUGACGGCGGCAAGGUUUUCAACACCACUAAAGAAACCUUGAAUAAGGAGAGUGAUUCCUUCUUCGCCAGGAUGUUGGCCGGAGAGAUCGAAGUCACCUUAGAUCCUCAAGGAAACUACGUCAUGGAUAGAGAUGGCAGUUUAUUCCAUCACAUCCUCGGCUAUCUCAGAGAUGGCGGCGUUCUCACCGACAUCACUCUCGAUGAAGUACACCGUCUCCGUAAUGAAGCGGACUACUUUAAUCUGCACUUGUUUAAAGAUCACAUCCAGAGCAUCAAGUUCAUGGAAACCAGACGCGACGCUCUGCCUUUUCUUCACAUUUACUACUACGUCGACGGUUCUUGCUUCCUGUACACAAACGCCAUGUCUCAUCAGAGUUACAGAUUCAAUCACGUUUGUCCUAUUCACCGUGAAAUCACGAAAGGUGUGUUUGCUGGAUUGGCUGACUUGCAAAGAAUCAAAAGGGAUGAUCUCGUAAGCACUGAUGAUAUCGUUUCUUACUUUCGCAGGAAGUUUCGAAGUGGCUCUUUCAGUGAUGCCAAGGUGCUCAACACGAAUUGCAGUUUAUUGGAAUAUGAGCCGUUUUAAAGUAAUAUGUUAUAUUCAUUGUAAUAAUUGCUGCUUAUGUUCUUAGGUUUCACGAAGCCAUGUGCCAAUGGUUCUUGUCAAAAAUGUGUAUAUGUAAGCUACUGAAGAACUAAAUCAGCACAUUGCCAAUCCGUGCGUCUUGGAUUAACAUUACCGGAAGUAUAAAAGGGAUUUACUUCUGACGGUAACACCCUAAGUUUUCGAAGUGUAUACCCAGUGAUAUCCGAGAGUUUUUGAAUAAUUAGCUAUCUGUUUAAAAGCGACAUUAAGCGAGGCUCGCAGAGAGUAGUACUGUAUUUGUGUGAACCGCUCCAGCAACCUGCCUCUGUGACACACGAAGAAAAGUAGUUGUUAAAGGUCAAGUCCACCCCAGACAAUUUUUGAUUUGAAUCGAUAGAGAAAAAUCAAACAAACAUAAC